AUGUCCUUAGCGACUAUUCGUGUCUUGGUGUGUGGGGCGGACCUUCAUCGAGUGGAGUCGGCGCUUGGUGGCUCUGUAGAGAACACACACUUUGCGUGGAAUCGUCGUUACGAAAUAUCUUGUACUGCUUCAGCGGGUGUUUCUGAGGUUGACAGUCGGCUACUGUCGACGUGUCACCUUGUGGUGCUCACAAGGGGUGCCAGCUCUCCGUUAAAGGUUGAAAGCUAUCUUAGCAAACCCACCGUCGCACUGGAGGAUGCCCCAGAGAGCGCGGUGGACAUGCUAAAGUGUUGUGACUUUUACUAUGGUGUGCACCCUCUGGAAAAUUUGCGUUCAGUAGCUUUGGAUAUGGGCCUUUCCCCACCACACGUUAUUUGGGAUGCCGCAUUACACACGUUUACACGCAACGGUUCAUUGUGCCUUCGUCGCGCCUUUUGGCUUCUUGACAAGGAUGGAGACGGGGUACUAAAUGAGGAGGAGAUACUUGCGUGGCAGCGUUCCGUGACCUCCGCAUGCUUCUCAAAAGCCGACGUUGGUGAAUGGUUUGCUAGUUGUUCCCUGAAGGCCUCCAUCAUGGCGUUAAGUUCUGACGUCUUUAUGAAGCUGCAGGAAGACUUUUUACGGAAUGGCGACGCUAAGCAGGUGUGGGCGACACUUAAUGCAACCGGUAUCUAUCCUGAUGGACUGCCGUAUUCGUGGAGAGACAUACAUGCGGUACGUGUAAGCAAAGAGAGCAACACAUACCUUUCACACACCGCCAUUCAAUUUUUUAGAAACUUGUACAAACUUCGUCGUUUUCAUGAUCUUAACAAUAUGUGGGACGUCACCCCCGGCUGCCCGUGGAAACACGUGCAUGGGUUUCUUAAGAGACAAAUCCCACUGGAUAAGUUUAUUGAAUACUGGAAGUAUUUGGCAUUGACAAACAGGAGUGUGGUUGUGCAGUAUGCCAGAUAUUGGGGUUAUAAAGGGGAUACAAGUAUUUUGUUUUUGUUACGGCAUGCGCGCCCAUACCGUGAAUUGGAUGAGGCUGUACCUAACACAAUUCAGGUUCUUGUAGUUGGAUCCCCUGGAUGUGGGCGGAGAAGUCUUAUGUUUACACUUACUGCAUUGGAUGAGGAGGUCUACAACGACGAAGAAAUGGAUGCAUCGCAGGGCAUGUACGUCCGAACCACGACGUUUCCUGUAAGGCAUGGUGAAGGAGACAUACUGCAGACGAUAGUGUAUACCACCGUACCCAUUGAUCACCUUAUGAAGGUCUUAGGCGAUGAAAUGCUGGAAAAACAGCUGGACGUAGUGCUUCUCUGUUAUGAUGGGAGUCGUGUUGAAGAAACUACACCGCCCAUUAUGCGUGCAUAUCUGGACGCUAAGGCGUCACCAUUGCGGUGCUGUAACUUGCCUUUUGUGGUUGUCAUGACGAAAGCGGAGGCUUCCACAUCCCCGGAGGCUUUGAGUGAGGGGAGUAAGACGAUGGAGCACUUUUGUCGAGAGCACCAGUUACUAUGGCCUCCUGUUGUAACUAGCGUAGAAUCUCCUGACAAAUUUGAGAUUGUUGCGCUUAAUGAAUACAUGUAUGCGGUCGCCAAGGAACCCGAAAUUGCUGUGGGAAAUCCACCUCUAACUCCCAUGAGAAUAUUACGGCGCGUUGCAAUCGUGACAUUUUUUACACUCGCCGUAGGAAGUAUCACGCGUUUGGUUCUUCGACGACUUCGUAAAAGGCGGUAA